CAUUGACGUAAACUUCGUUUACUUUACACUCCAUAUUAUUAAUGCCAUAAUAAUUAUAAGGAUUUAAAACAAUAAUUUCCACACGAACAAUAUGGCAGAAUGAUAGUAUUAGAGGGAGAUGACACAAUGGACGGUGGGAAGCAGGCCCGUCUUUCACGCCCACACCGAAUCAGCGAGUCUUCAAAGGUAUAUCGAUGGGCAGACCAAGCAAGCUACCUUCUGCAGGGUUUGAAUGAACAGAGAGAGUGUGGUCAGCUAUGUGAUGUAAUCUUGGUGGCUAACGAGCAGCGUGUACUUGCGCACCGGGCCCUACUAGCGGUCUCCAGCCCUUAUUUCCAGGCCAUGUUUACUUUGGGCAUGCGAGAGGAGCGUCAGACUGAGGUGGAGCUGGUGGGCGCCUCCUACGUUGGUGUGAAAGCAGUUGUGGAUUUCCUGUAUAGUGGUGAGCUGCCUCUGGAUGGCGGAAACAUCGACUCCGUGCUGGAAACUGCUCACCUGUUGCAGAUGUGGCGGGCUGUGGAUUUCUGCUGCCAGUACUUGGAGAAGGAGGUGAAUGAAGAGAACUACCUGUAUCUGCAGGAGCUGGCCCUACUUUACAGCCUGGAUAGGCUGGAUACCUUCAUAGAUCGCUUCAUCCUGGAGCGAUUUGCCACACUCUCUUUCACGCCUGAGUUCAUGAGGGCCAUGCGCUUGUCUAAGCUGUGCUCUUAUCUGUCAAGUGAGCAUGUGCAGCAUGAGAGCGAACAGACCCUGCUGCAGGCUGCACUGCAGUGGCUGAGCCACAUACACGAGCGGCUGGCAUUCGCCCACCAGCUCCUCUCCAAUGUCCGUUUCGCCCUGAUCCCACCAGAGGACCUGGCGGAACGUGUAUUGCCGGCUAUGCGUGCACUGCUGCCAUUGGACUCCAGCUGUGAGGCCCUUGUGGAGGAGGCGCUGGGCUACCACGCCCGCAUCAGUGCCCAGCCCGUGCUGCAGACUGUCCUCUCUGGCCUGAGAGGAGGAGUGGAGCGCCUCCUGCUGGUUGGAGGGGAGGUGUAUGAACGCGGGGAGGAGCUGAGCACCGAAGUGUGCUGGCUGGACGCAGAAGCGGGUGCAUGGUUGGUGGAGACCCAGCUGCCGGCUCAGAGGAGCCACCACUGUGUGACUGUGCUGGGAGGGUUCAUCUUCAUCGCUGGGGGAAGCUCUUCACGGGACAAUGGGGGAGGGGCUGCAAGUAACCUUCUCUACAGAUAUGACCCCCGAAACAACACGUGGGUUAAGGGUGCUCCUAUGAAUCAGCGGCGGGUGGAUUUCUAUCUUGGCACCAUGGGGCAGUUUCUGAUUGCUGUUGGGGGCCGCAAUGACAGUGGGGCACUGUCCUCUGUUGAAGUCUACCAUCCUGUUGAGGAUUACUGGACCUAUGUAGCAGGAUUGCCCAGAUUCACAUAUGGCCAUGCAGGUACCAUGCACAAAGGUGUAGUGUAUAUCUCAGGAGGCCAUGACUAUCAGAUCGGCCCUUACCGGCGUGACAUGCUAAGUUAUGAUCCCAGUGCUGGGGACUCGUGGACAGAGAGGCAGGCCAUGACCCUGGCUCGAGGGUGGCACUGCAUGGCCUCACUACAGGACAAAAUCUAUGCUAUUGGGGGCAGUGACGACCACGAGGACAGUAUGGAACGCUUCGACGUGCUAGAGGUGGAGGCCUUUGACCCACAGACGGAGCAGUGGAGCAGGGUGGCCCCGCUGCGCAUUCCCAACAGCGAGGCAGCGGUAGCGGUAUGUGGCGGGAAGAUCUAUGUGAUGGGAGGCUACACCUGGGAGCACAUGGACUUCUCAGAGGACACUCAAGUGUUCAUUCCAGAAAAGGGCCAGUGGGUGAUUGGGCCUUGCCUGCCCAGGUACAUUGCAGGGGCCUCAGCUUGUGUGUGCACUGUUCGGCCUCAGCAGUCCUGCAGCCCAGAACAGGACAGGACAAGACCGAAGGGGGGUGACAAGCAGAAUGCCAGUCAAGGACAGGACAGGUGACUAUAGGAGGACAUUGGUAUUUCAUAAAGUGCCCUAAGGGUAGGUGUGUUUAUCUACUCAACAUGCAGAUUGCAACAGUAAGGGCAUAAGCUGACCAGUGUCUGUGAACUGCUGAUUGAGAAGGUGGAAUGGCUCAGAGUGCUAUAUUCAGUGAUUUCUGAAUGUACUGGCUGCAGUAAUAUACAGAUCAUCUCAAUAUGCAGCCAUGUCAAAGGUGCCUUUCCAGUCCUUUAAAAGAGUACGGUGAACUAUCCUAUCUGUACGAUUAAUGCUUUGUUAUGCCACUCAAGCUCCUGGUGAAUUUUUCAUAGCACAAAAUUACUAAUAUGUAAAAUGCUUGCUUGUGCAUUUAGCUUUUCAGACAACUUGUUAUAUAUGUGGACUAACAUGGUCAGUCAUUUUCAGUAUAGUAUUAAAAAUGUGACAGAUUGUUGUUAGAAAGGCUUUAUUCACUCAGAAUUCACACAGGGUCUCCAAGAGCCUCAGCUUUUCAGUCACAAUCACAGUUUAGCACUAACAUUAGGUAAAUAGCUCUCUUCUGUGUCACUUAAUUCCUUUUAUUUGCCAAGCAGAUCGUUAAUUUGAUUGGAGCAGUAGCAGUGUAUAUUCCCUUGCUACCACCCAGGGCUAACAACUUUUCACUUAAACGGGUAGAAAGGAUGAGACUUCACCCUGAGGAACAAAAUGCACCAUUGACAACUAUGUAAAUAAACAUGCUUUGCUCCUUUGGGCCACA